UCCCUCUUUCGAACCAACACAGCAGGCGUUUAAGGCUGUGACAGAAGAGCCGUGUUUGGACAAGGCAACAUCACAGCUUAGACAGCUUCCUGAUGUGCAUUUAAAAAACGAAACUCAACACCAUCACUUAGAUUCUGACUUUGAGGUGCGCCGCCUUGAGCGUCUUAGUCUGUGCUCCAACGGCUUGACAGCUGCUAGUAUGCACGAUCUUGCAAGCCUCUUGGCAACAGGCGCUGGACCUGUUUCCAAUCCUACCGGCAACCGAAUCGCCGGUGGACUCACUCAUCUUGACCUGAGCAUGAACUCGGGAAUAGGAGAUACGGGGGUCGAGGUGCUGUGCGAAGGCCUGAUACGCAAUCAUAGCCUUUGUAGCCUGGCUCUUCGUGGCGUCAAUAUGCGUUUUGCUGGUAUUUUCGCGAUCUCAGGAUAUCUAAGCGAAUCCCGUAGUCUCCAAUUACUGGACAUUCGGCAAAAUACCCUCGACUUACCUAGCCUGAUGGCUCUUGCCAAGACUCUGGCGGUCAACUUCAUUCUGACCAGUCUCCUAUCGGAUGCACGGCCCAGUACUGGACCUUUGCUCCAGGCACAUGUUUCUACUACCAAACAGGCCGCACGUUUCCAGAACGCCAAUAGUGCAGCAACCUCACCACAGUCCUCGCCACUCGCUUCGCAUUCUCAUUCCUUACGCAAGGCUGGAAUACAAACCGAUUCGAUUUCAUCAUUCCCGCCCGCCUCUGCAAUGUCGGUGAUGCAAGAUUCUCAGCUACUUCAGAGCUUUGUCGAUCAGAUAGAUGCAUAUCUUCGUCGAAAUAGACAAAGUACAUUCUCAUCGUCUAUCCAAGUGCAAAAACCGAAUUUUACAAAUUCUUCUACAGCCUCUGGCGCCACAGAUACUUCCAUCAUCACAGACUCCUAUAAAAAUGUUACAUCGUGUAUAGAGCCUUUAGCUGCGAAACCUACUUCUCUCAUCGCUGUCACAAAGGUGUUAUCAUCCCCCCCUUCCGCUAUGGAAAAUCACAUAUCAUAUUCUUCUGCACCUGUCGGAGAUGCAUUGAUCCCGUGUUCUUCAAGUCCCGAUACACUCAGAGAUUCGGCCGCUCAACCAGAAAUGCUGUCUAAAGAUCUUGCUAAGCCAGCUAUCGAAAUGGCUGAUGCUGGGAAUUAUGUCUUAGAUUCACCCGGCACAGAUAGCACUGGGGACAGAGAAGAAGAAGAGCAGGUAGACGCUCUU